AUGCAGCCGGUGCUGGCAGGUUGUUUGGUGGGUUCAACUUUGGCACUGCCCGGAAGACCCACCAUCACUGCCACCAUCGCAUCCUCCAGGGGUGAAGUGACCUUUGAACCAAGGCAAGCUCUGUCCUUGGUGAUUGGCGAUGCCAUCCGGACGGGCGAGCUGGGCGAUUCCGGCGAUGCCACGAGGUCACCCCAUGUGGUCGCCACCGAAGCACGAGCACUUCGGGGGCCGAGGAUGGAGCAUAGCAGCCCCAAGAUGCGCACGGUGAUCGAUUCGGUGCUGGCUGUCUAUCUACUGGGCUCUGUUUGGUCCAUGAUCAGCUUCUUCCAAACGCUGUGGAGAUGGGCGUGGCAAUCCUGCAAUUGGCGGCCCUUCAUCAUUCCGCUGACGGCUGGAUUUGGAUUCAUCCCCUUGGGACUUGCAGGCUUUCUGGUCUUCAGACGGGCGGAUGGAACCUGCAGCUAUGCCAAUUCGCAGAACAACUUCAUCAUUCCGAUCAGCGAUUUGGGGUCCUGCGGUGGCCGAAGUUACAACGUGCCGGAACUGUUGACCGAACUGGUGAUCGUAGCUGCUGUAAACACAUGCAUCUAUGCGCAGAUGCUCUCCAGGUACUUCGGUCGGCAGUUCCGAGGAAAGUAUUGGCCUAGCCUGGCCUGCCAUGCUAUCCAUGUCUUGGGCUGGGUUUCGAUGAUGGGCUUGGUAGGAGUGGCUGUAAUCCCUACAUACCUGUCGCGGAUACCUCAUCGCAUUGCUGCAUACCUAUUCUUCUUGGCCAGUAUUUGGAUGCUGUUCUUAUACAGUGUGCUGGUCAUUUUCCUGCCCGAUGAGAGUCGGCCAAAGUUUGUUUGCCCCGCCAUUAUGGCAGUGGUUUUGUGGUCGUCCAUGACCAUCUAUGGAGUGCUGUUUACCUUCAACUUCUGCGAUAGACUCUGUGGCGGCGGCAGCUUUAACGAGGAACCGCACUCCGAAGCGAUGCAGCUGGGCGUGAUGGCUGAGUACAACAAGUAUCGCAGCUUGGGUGGAAUUUGUGGCGUGCAACAGGGGGGAUAG